AGAACUGAAAUGUCCCUACAAACAUAACAAAUCCACGCCUGUGGAAAAAAUAUAUCUGCCGUUUUAAGAUUUUUUUUUUUUUUUGAUUUACAUUGAGGCUCAACAGCUUUUCAUAACUGGCAUAUUUUUUGCAGUGCUAAUGCUGAAGUCAUUCCCCGUCUCAUACAACAGCAGCCAAGGACAAGGGAGCAUCAGCAGAGAGAGGGGGAGAGGAGAGAGAAAGGUGCCUCCUUUUGCCGUUGCGAUAACUGUCUCGGUGUCGGCUCCAUGUCGGUGUCCGUGCUGCACUAACGGGAGGCUGAAGGGGAUUUAACUUCACACACGGACAAACCUAUGCUUGGAUUUCGGCUCUUUUUCCCUUCGCCAAUGCAAAAGGAAAUAUGCAGCGAAGCUUCACCAUUCUCUACACCAGUUUACUGGGGAUGUGCUUGGGAUCAAGCUCAAGUUUCCCAAGUAACAUCAAUAUAGGAGGAUUGUUCCCAACCGAUUCGCACGAAUAUGAGGUUUUUCGUUUCGCCCUUACUCACCACCAGGACAUCCCCAAACUGGUGCCGCAGGUGGAUAUGGUCAAGAUGGGGAACAGCUUCUCCAUGACAUAUGCCUUUUGCUCCCAGUUCUCUAAAGGUGUGUAUGCCAUCAUCGGCCUGUAUGACAGGAAGACGGUCAACAUGCUCAUGUCCUUCUGCGGAGCGCUGCAUGUGUGCUUCGUCACGCCGUCCUUCCCCAUCGAGACAGCCAACCAGUUUGUUAUCCAGCUGAGACCUGAGCUCCAGGACGCUCUGGUGGGCGUGAUCGACCACUACGGAUGGACCAAGUUUGUCUACAUGUACAGUUCUGACUCAGGCCUGUCAGUGCUGCAGAAGGUUCUGGACACAGCAGCGGAGAGGAACUGGCUGGUGACCUCGGUCAACGUGGAGACCAUGACUGAGGCCUCUUUCCUGAAAGUGUUCCAGGAUUUGGACAAGAGGAAGGAGGGCCAGAUUAUCAUCGAUUGUGAAACAGAGAGGCUCACUGGCAUCCUUAAAAAGAUUGUCGAACAAGGCAAGAAUGCAAAGAGCUACCACUACAUUCUGGCUAACCUGGGCUUCCUGGACAUCGACCUGACAGACCUGAGGAAAGGUGGGGCGAAUAUCACCGGCUUUCAGCUCGUCAACAACUCUGAGCCAGCCGUCAGCCGCGUCGUCCAGCAGUGGAUGGAGUUUGACAACAAAGACUCCAAAGUGCCCAAGAGUGGACUCAAAUACACAGGCGCUCUAACAUAUGACGGGGUAAAAGUCAUGUCCACGGCCUUCCAGAAUUUAAGGAGACAGAGGAUAGACAUCUCUCGCAGGGGCAACGCUGGAGAGUGUCUUGCCAACCCACCAGCUCCCUGGGGACAGGGCAUAGACAUCCAGAGAGCCUUGCAGCAGGUCCGUAUAGAUGGAUUGACUGGUCACAUUCAGUUCAAUGAGAAAGGCCGCAGAACCAACUACACUGUUAGCAUCAUGGAACUGGCCCCCUCCGGACCAAAGAAGGUUGGCUACUGGAAUGAAGAUGAAAAGUACGUGACCACCGCCAGCUUCGUGAGAGGCAGCAACGAGACAUCCGGCCUGCAGAACAGAACGUACAUCGUCACCACUAUCUUGGAGUCUCCAUAUGUGAUGCUGAAGAAGAACCACGAGCAGCUGUCUGGUGGUUCUUCACCCUCAUCAUCAUCUCGUCCUAUACUGCCAACUUGGCUGCCUUCCUGACAGUGGAGAGGAUGGUGUCACCUAUCGAGAGUGCUGAGGACUUGGCCAAGCAGACGGAGAUCGCCUAUGGGACACUGGAUGCCGGCUCCACCAAAGAAUUCUUCAGGAGGUCAAAGAUCGCCGUGUUUGAGAAGAUGUGGUCCUACAUGAAGGCGGCCGACCCGUCCGUUUUUGUCAAGACCACAGACGAGGGCGUAAUGAGAGUCAGGAAGUCCAAGGGCAAGUAUGCCUACCUAUUGGAGUCCACCAUGAACGAGUACAUAGAGCAGAGGAAACCGUGCGAUACUAUGAAGGUGGGAGGAAACCUGGACUCUAAAGGUUAUGGCAUCGCCACACCCAAGGGCUCCCCUCUCAGAAACCCAGUAAACCUGGCAGUGUUAAAACUGAACGAGCAGGGCCUCUUGGACAAAUUGAAAAACAAGUGGUGGUACGACAAGGGAGAGUGCGGCAGCGGGGGCGGGGACUCCAAGGACAAGACGAGCGCUCUGAGUCUCAGCAAUGUGGCGGGGGUCUUCUACAUCCUGAUCGGGGGCCUAGGCCUGGCCAUGCUGGUGGCACUGGUGGAGUUCUGCUACAAGUCCCGGACCGAGUCGCAGCGAAUGAAGCAGUCCAUCAACGACGCCAUGCGCUGCUCCACCCUGACCAGGAUGAGUGGCAACGGGAGCGGCGGAGAGAACGGACGAAUCCUCACCCACGACUUCCCCAAGACCGUUCAGACGCUGCCCUGUAUGAGCCACACCGCCAGCAUGGGACUAGGUGCCUCCGGCAUGUGAUCAUCACGUGACUGCUGGCGGCGAGGAACGGGCAGGGUGGGGCAGAAGAAGAGAACAAGACUCUAAUGGCUCAGUAAUCAUGGCUGUCUGGUUUGGCCCGUCUGUCCUUCUGGCUGUCAACACGCCCAACUUAAACAAGACUUAACCUACUGCCAAAACGCACUCUUGAACCACUCCUUACAAACUGCAACAUUUUUUUAAACAAGUGGAUGUUUGAAAAAGAGAUAUGGAAAAAAAGAAGGGAAAUGUGCUGCAAUAAAGAAGCCGUCAACAGGCAUGUUUUUGGAUUUUUUACGAUGUUCAUUUGUGUGAGAAAAAAAGAACUUUAUUCUUUAGUGUGACACCUGCGCUGUGCCAUUUCGAUGGAGCUGUUGACGUUAGUCUGCGUGUGCAAUAUCUCCACCUCCACUGCUGACCUGUACUACCUAGAUGCUUUCUGAUUGGCUGAUGGGCCGACGUGGCAGAGGAGAACAAACACUUGUGACUGCUACGAUGAUUUGAUAUUGUUAUGGGACAUUCUCCUUCACUCUGACAUUUACACGCCAUUUUGGAAGGACAGUGCUGUGUGUAGCAUAGCCACUUUUUAUGAAAUAGUAUAUGGUUUACACUGUUGUAAUAGCGCAAAAGUAGUUUGAUUUCAGUUGACCAGGUUACAACAAACAUGCUGCUACACCUCAUUUAACCCAUCAUGCCUUGUCUUUGUGCCAUAAUGACAUAUGCCAUACCAUAAUUCUCACAAAUGCACACAGAUACAUCAUACACCUGAUGCUACUGACAGAGAGUUUUACUACUGAGUGAUCACAAGAACAUUUAGAAACGCUCCCUUUGACCGGAGAAAGGUUGGAGUGGACACUGACACACUGACACAUCACUCCUGGGGCUCUGUACAGUGCUGAGUGACCUUACACUGUAUUCUGCUGGUACUGUUACAUUCAUAGCACAUCCAUUGUUUUACUAGUGAGACUAUUUGCAGCACACACUGAAGGACAAAUAUUGACAAUUUCAGAUGUAAUCUGGAUAACAUUUUCCUCAAACUAUUGUCCAAGCGGUUCUGUAUACUUCACUCAUGUACCUUCAGCUGUAUUCAGUUUUAGUGAAACGGCCAGUGCAGCUAUUCACUUUUAAUUUAUUGAAAUGGCCUGCAGAUCCUUCAUGGCCUAUAAAAGGGAAGUUGGCCCACUCUCGCUGUUGCUAGCUGGCUCAGGAAAGAGGCGGGAUCGAAAACAGGCGGAGAGAGAGUCAGAUUCCCCGCCCGUUCUCCCGUUCAGAUCACGUAAGGAAGCAGAAGUCGGGGGGGGGGGGCCUGAACAGCACACGGCACAGCUUUCUGGGGUGUAGGCCUUGAGAAAACAUUUCAGUACUCCUAACAAAACACGACUAUUGAUGUGCUUUGCAUUUCAUGGCCCAUUUUAUCGGUGUGUGGUGUAUUUAAUAUUCCCAUGAGUGACUGACCAACGUUGACAACAACAGGAAAAAAAUGGAUCAUCCUGUGAUUUAAAAUGAAAGAACCGAAAAAGAAUAAAGCUGGCGGGAUUUUAUUUAUAUAUAUAUAUAUAUAUAUAUAUAUAUAUAUAUAUAUAUAUAUAUAUGUGUAGUCUUCUUGUCAACAAAUUUCAUGAAAAAACGUGAAAGCAUUGUUUGGGUUACAUUGAGGAUUUUUAAAUUAUUUAUUAUUUAAAAAAAAUUCUAAAACAGCUAGGCACUGUAGUUUUUAGCAAAUGUUACUCAAACCGGAUAACUUGUGCAUUUGUUGGAGACUAUUUUCUGCAGCGGAUGAAUACACAUUUCAUCAACUAGUGACUUGACACAGCGGCCUGGCGGUGAAGGAACUACACUGCCCAUGAGCUGACGGAGGUAACUGGGAGCCAGUGCAGCACUGUGGCUCUUUCACACGUUUUCAUAGUCAAUAAUAGCUAAGGAUUAUGUUACAAUAUAUCCGACUUUGACAAGCAAUACUUGUUCUGUAAGAUCCGAUCCUUGUUGUUUUUGAAAGGGAAAUGUGGCCGGCCUUAUUCUUUAAGAUGGCUGAGCCUUUUAGAGCAUCAGCCUCUUCUCCUCUUACCUGUACCCUUCCUCUCUCCACCACUGCACAACACAACCAUUUCCAGUACCUGGAGGAUCAGAAAUAAUGUGGAAUAUAGGAAAUCAUUAGCAAAUGAAGCAGGAUGAGGGGAAAAUAACAUAAUUGCAGCACUUCAUCACAAGUGCUGAAAUACACUGAACAUCGUCAUCCUCCUACAUGGUCAUUAGUCCAAAGGUGUCAUUUUCCUUGAAGGUUAACUGGAAGGUCGUUGCUUGAAUUGGGAUUUCCACGUCUGCAGGAAGCCAGAGGUCAGCUCUAGAUGGCGUACCGCCCACUCCAGCUCACCUCUGGUUUCCCAGCAGGCCGAGCGCCUGUACAAAGGCAGCCCCGUCCCCUGCUUCCACAGCUGCUCGUGUAUUAGUUUACUUCUCGUCUGAGUUCCUGCUGUAUGGCUUCUCUAUUUCUCUACAAGCAAGACAACGGGGCAGUCAGAGUUUACUGAAAUCAUACAUAUCUCCACCUAUUAUGUAUAUAAAAGGCUUUCCUCGUCCCCCAGUGAAAAUGUUUGUUCUCCUCCCAAACAUGCCUCAGUGUACUGAAUUAGUUACCUACCGCGUGAGUACUUUUCCUUUCUUCUCUCAUCUAUGUGUCUUCUUUUGCUGAUGUUGUAUUAAUUAGAACACGGCACAGCACUCUCCAGUGGAGCUUUACCUUCAGAGAGAUGUUUUAUACAGUAUGCCAUAACAGAUUUAUAGAAAACAAAAAUACCUAAAAAGACACUCAGUGUUUGUAUUAUAAAGAAGAUAUGGGGUGCUGGGAAAGUGUUAUACACUUUGAAGAGUAUAAAAAGUAAAACACACACACACACACACACACACUGAUGUUGAAUAAUCUGUAGACGCUAAUGUUGUUUAAAGCCAGUUUUGAGUUGAUUUUAUUUUGUAAUUUCCAAAAGGAAUUCCUGUUGGUGUUUUUGAAGUGCUUGAAAUUUUACACCAUUUGAAUAUUUCUUUGUGUCUUUCCUUUUUCACAGUAUUUUACUUCUGCAAUCUAAUCACCAGAGUUUAGACACCAGACACAUCGUUCUUGUUUUUCUGAACGAGGACAAGGGUGUUACUGAGUUUUAAAAUAAAUACGAUGGUCGAGAAAUGGGUUCGCAGUUCAAAAAAAGAAAAAGAAUACAACUAUAAGAAACACGACUUUUGAGAAAUAAACCUUUUUUUCUAACCAAAGUGUCCUGGAUGGAAGUCAUCAUGCUUUUGUAACUGAAUAAAGGAAUAAACUAUG